UUUUUUUUUUUUUUCCUUAUUCCUGUCGGAUUUACAGCCACACACCAAAAAAGGAUAUACAAAAAUAAGCAUUUCAGAUGAGGUAACAUCUCCACCAGAGUGAAACAGGAAGUGUCGUCUGUGAGCAGCCAUGGGCCAGAGAGCUGUGCUUCUGCUCAGUGAGCUGCUGCUGCUGCUGCUGACAGCCUCACGCACUCUCCUCGCAGUCAGCUUCCCCGAGGACAGCGUGCCCCUCGACGUCGUUGACGCACACUUUGCACGGAGGUACCCAGUGUUCAGAGGCAGGCCCUCUGGAAACGAGUCGCAGCAUCGCCUUGACUUUCAGCUGAUGACCAAGAUACAGGACACUCUGUUCAUCGCUGGCAGAGAUCAGGUGUACCUGGUCAGUCUGAGAGAAUCCUACAGGAAUGAGAUCAUUCCAUACAGGAAGCUAACAUGGCGAUCGGGCCAAUCUGACAGAGACAUGUGUGCCGUCAAGGGAAAACACAGAGACGAGUGCCACAACUUCAUCAAAGUGCUGGUUCCCAGAAACGACGACCUGGUGUUCAUCUGCGGUACCAACGGCUUCAACCCCAUGUGCAGAUACUACAGGCUGGAUAACCUCGAGUUUGACGGGGAGGAGAUCAAUGGACUGGCACGAUGCCCGUUUGACUCCAAGCAAACCAACGUUGCCCUUUUCGCUGAGGGGAAGCUGUAUUCGGCAACUGUAGCUGACUUCCAGGCCAGUGAUUCUGUCAUCUAUCGCAGUAUGGGUGACGGAUCAGCCCUGAGGACCAUCAAAUACGACUCCAAAUGGCUGAAAGAACCUCAUUUCCUGCACGCUGCAGAGUAUGGGAAUUAUGUGUACUUCUUCUACCGGGAGAUUGCAGUGGAGCACAGCAAUCUGGGCAAGGUUGUGUAUUCUCGCGUGGCCCGGAUCUGUAAGAACGACGUCGGCGGGUCACAGCGGGUGCUGGAGAAGCACUGGACGUCUUUUGUGAAGGCGAGGCUGAACUGCUCGGUGCCUGGGGAGUCCUUCUUCUACUUCGACGUGCUUCAGUCCAUCACUGACAUCAUCGACAUCAACGGAGUACCGUCGGUGGUCGGUGUGUUCACCACACAGUUGAACAGUAUCCCAGGGUCGGCAGUGUGUGCCUUCUCCAUGGCCGACAUAGAGAAAGUAUUCUUGGGACGGUUCAAAGAACAGAAGACUCCUGACUCUGUGUGGACUCCAUUUCCAGAGGAGAAGCUGCCCAAACCUCGACCCGGGUGCUGUUCAGGUCAUGGUCCAGCUGCGUCCUUAAAGAGCUCCAUCGAGUUCCCGGACGACACCCUGCAGUUCAUCAAGUCCCACCCCCUCAUGGACACAGCUGUGCCUUCUAUCGGGGAUGAGCCUUGGUUCACCAAGACUCGCGUCAGGUACAGACUGACAGCGCUGGCUGUGGACAACGAAGCAGGACCUCACAAGAACUACACAGUGGUGUUCAUCGGGGCCGAGUCGGGGGUUGUCCUCAAGGUUUUGGCCAAGACCUCCACUGUGUCCCUGAAUGACAGCGUGCUUCUGGAGGAGAUAGACGUCUUUAACAGGGCAAAGUGCCUGUCUAACCACGAGGAUGACAAGCGUGUUCUCUCGCUGCACGUGGACAAAGAGGCGCACAGCCUGUAUGUCGCCUUUUCAAGCUGUGUCAUCCGUAUUCCCCUGAGUCGCUGUGAAAGGCAUUCUUCCUGCCACAAGUCCUGCAUUGCAUCAAGAGAUCCCUACUGUGGCUGGACGCCCCUUGGGGCCUGUGAGAGGAUACAGCCUGGUGUUUUGACUGGAUAUGAGCAAGACGUCGAAUUGGGAAACACCGCCCACCUGGGAGACUGCCAUGCGUUUUUGGGCACUACAUCAGCGCCAGAUUACAAAUCAUUUGGCGACCCUACCUCUGACAUGGAGUUUUCAUCACCGCCAGUCACAGUCCACCCCAGUGGGCCCAUACUCCCCCCAGUACUCAUACCCACUCAGAGCCCCAGCUCUGGGCCUGGUCCAGAGCUCUACGGCUCAGGCUUUGUGCUGCAGGAUGACCCAGCCACCUCCCAUUCUUUAGACUCUAUCCCAGGGGGCCAAGAGGGUGUUUGGGAUAUCCAAGCAGGUGAGACCAACCAGAUGGUCCACAUGAACAUCCUCAUCACCUGCGUGUUUGCUGCUUUUCUCAUGGGGGCCCUCUUGGCUGGUCUGAUUGUUUUCUGCUACCGAGACUCAUUCCUCCGUAAGCCACGACACGUCCACAAGGAUGCAGAGUCUGCUCCGUCCUGCUCCGACUCCACUGGAAGCUUCGUCAAGCUCAAUGGCCUCUUUGACAGCCCUGUAAAGGAGUACCAGACCGACAUUGAUUCUCCCAAGCUGUACACCAAUCUGCUCAGCAACGGCAAAGACCUGAAUUCACCCAACGGAGACACCAAGACCAUGAUCUUGCGGGACGGCUGUCAGCCCCCUGAGCUGGCUGCCCUGCCUACACCCGAGUCCACCCCUGUGCUUCAGCAGAAAAGCCUGCAGCCCAUCAAAAACCAGUGGGAGAGGGCUCACGCAAAGGCCAGUGGACCUCGUAAGGAGUCCAACUCAUCAGCCAAGAGUCCUCAGUUCCUUCUUUCUUCUUCUGGUGCUCCUCCCAACUCCAACUCCAACUCCAACCACCCUAACCUCGCCUUGGGACACUCCCACAUCCCUAGUGCGGUUGUCCUGCCGAACGCCACACAUGACCACUCUAACCUUGACAAUGGAGAUGAUACAUUGCCGCAUUCGUCCGAAAGGAAGCCGAGGAACCCGGAUUCUAAGGGAAGUAGGAAAGACCAGAAAAGGUCUGUGGAUGCCAGAAAUACCCUAAAUGACCUUUUAAAACACCUUAAUGACUCAGUGGCCAACCCCAAGGCCAUUCUUCAAGAGGGAUCGGGGCCUCGCCCAAGGCCACAGCUCACUCUGGAGCCCAUGGAGGAACUGACUGAAUUACCCCCCAGGGUGCCCAGCCGUGAGGCUUCCUUGUACUCCCCGUCCUCCUCCCUGCCGAGGCACAGCCCCACCAAGAGGGUUGAUGUACCCCUGCCCAGCACUCCGACAACGCCAACGGGCAGCCUGAGCAUGGGGGGCACCCUGGAGAGGCAAAGAGGGGGGUAUCAACUCCACCGGAGUGCCUCUCACAGGCAGUCCUUAUCCACCUCCCCAAAUGGGGUAACCAUGGGGGUGUCUGUGUCUCGCCAACACAGUAUGAACAGAGGGGGUUACAUGCCCCCAACACCGCCCUCCAGACUUGACUCCCAAGGCGGAGUGAUGGGGGCGGCAAUGCACUCAGCCCACCCAUCCUCUGUUUCCCGACAGGGCAGCUACAGCGGGUACGGCUCACUCCCUCGCACAGGGCUUAAACGGACCCCAUCGCUAAAGCCAGAUGUGCCCCCUAAACCCAAUGGGUUUUCACCACAGACUCCACAGAUGCGGGUGGUCAACAAGUACAGUUAUUAAAAAGAGCAUGGACUUUUGUGAGUGAGCUCUUGGCCUUGACUGUAGAGCCUUGAGCCCUGAGGGCUUGAGGGGGGGGGUCUUCUGAUGGGGUAGGGCCUAGUGUGUGUUUGUGUAUCGACUUGAGGUGUGUUCCCCCUUUAA